AUGGGGAGUAGGGUUCCAGUGCAGCACUACAACAUGAGAUCGCCUAAUUCCUACAUUGGAAACCCUCUUCACGACCUCAACACCGUCGAUGCUCGCCCCGCCUCCGAAAUCGACUCCAUCAGUGAUGUCGACCGCGACACCGUCACUGAGCAUAGCCUCGACAACGACGACGGUUCCAGUGCCGUUGUUAAUGACUGUAUACAUGAAUCCUACACCAACUCUUUACCCAUCCACGGCGUCCGCGUAGGAGUUGAAGAAGACCGCUCGCGCCUUGAAAACCAUGGCGGCUCUUCCAGUUCCAGGGCUCCCUACGAUCUCUUAUCACUUCAAGAUGUGUCACCUAUUGAAUCAGCAAGGGCACGAUUUCUGCAACUUAUUGUGGAUCAUUUUAUUAGUGAACAUGUCGUUGAAGUGCCUAAUUCUGAGGCUGCUGCUGACUAUAAUAGUGCUCAGUCUGGCCAAGAUAAACUCAAUAAGAGAAAGCCCGGGGAGGUCCGGUAUGAAGGGGACCCCAGACUGGCUUUGCCCCUGAUGUAUGUCGCAAAUAUGUACCAAACUUUGGUUAAUGAAGCAAAUAUUAGGCUUGAUUCCUUGAGUGGAUUUCGUGAGAAGACAAUUGGGGUUGCCCUUGAAGCUUCUGGUGGGUUGUACAGAUGCCUGGCUAAGAAAUUUCCCAAAAAAGGACCGUGUACAUUUAAAAGAAGAGAGUUGGCCACAUCUAUCGAAACAAGGACAAGAUUUCCAGAGUUGGUCAUACAAGACGAGAAGCGAGUUCGUUUUGUAGUAGUAAAUGGUUUGGAUAUUGUUGAAAAUCCUAAUAACAUGCCUACUGAUGAUGCAGAAUGGUUCAAACGAUUGACUGGUCGGAAUGAAGUAGCAGUCUAUGCUCGAGACUUUAAGUUCUAUUCUCCAAGACACAAGUAUAGACGUGUUGCAUCAAACUCUUCACCUAAUAUUGCUGGUUUACCUACAUUUCCUGGCACUGAUAAUUCUUCCAUUUUGGCUGCUGCUCAGGGAUUCCGCUCCGUAAGUGAACAGCCACAAAAUCAGCAGACGACUCCGUGUAAGCAUCAUAUGCAACCCUUGUUGCACCAACCUCAGUUUCAGCCUGUUCACCAGACUCAUCACCAAUCCAUCAACCAAAGUCCACAUGCUGUUCAUUAUUCUCAAAACCAUCAAUGUGGUGCUGCCUCGCAACUGCCUGAAAUUGCUCAUGCUCACCAUUCACCGACUAUAUCGCAACACAUGGUUUGCUUACAACCCCUCACAGGAGGCCAUGUAGGGGGACGCAUGCAUGUAUUGCCAUCCAGUCCUGCCAAGUUUUGCGACGAAUGUGGGGUUCCAUACUUGAGAGAAACCUCUAAGUUCUGCUCAGAAUGUGGCGUUAAGAGGUUGGGAGUAUAA